CCCAUCUCCGGUGCCCGCUUGCCUCAAAUUCGAAGCAUUUAAUAAGGUCGCGCCUCUUUGUCCACCUGCCUCAAUCCCACUCGUCUACCCAGGUGUCGCGACAAGGCCCGACCGACCGACCGACCGACCGCCGCUGCCGCCAUGGACAACAAGACGGAGCAGCUGCUGGACGAGAUCCAAUGGAGCUCGCCGCAGUCGGUGGUCAACUUCCAGGGCAUCCACUCCAACUCGGUGCUCUACUACCUUGCUGAGUCGCCCUUCUUCGACCGCACGUCCAACAACGCCGUCGUGUUCAACCAGGCCGUGCGCAACCAGUCCAUGCUCCACAUCGUCGCCACGCGCGAGGCCUUCGAGGGCCGCCUGCGCGAGAUGGCCGGGCUCGAGUACAUGGUCGCCCAGGAGCCCGCCGAGACGGGGCCCGGCGCCGGCACGGGCGUCUGGGUCAUCCGCAAGCAGACCCGCAGGAAGGUCAAGGCCGCCGACGGCACCCCGCUGCCCGACGAGCUCGAGGUGCACGCCGACUACUUCGUCAUGGGCGAGAACAUCUACAUGGCCCCGUCGCUGUCCGACGUUCUGAGCUCCCGCAUCGCCACAAUAUCUUCCGCCAUAAGCAAACUAUUCCCCGCCGUUUCCGCCAUACAGACGUGGACCCCGGCGCUGGGCCACGGCUACGCCACCCCCGCCGCCGCCGCCGCCGCCCCGCGACCCCGCGGCCUCGAGUCCAAGGAGCCGACGCCGAUGCCCGACAGCCUGACGCCGGCGGCGGGCGCGGGCGCCGCGUCCAAAGCGCCGCCGCCGUCGGCAAGGACGGAGCGGUCGGCGCCCGACGCGCGCAUGGCUGAGGAGGCCUUCGCCAUCCACACGCGCUACGGCGGCGAGUACAUGGACGAGAACCCCAUCACGGGCAAGCCCGGCGAGUUCCACCUGUCGUCCACAGGCCGCAAGGACAAGCUUACCGUGCCCGUGCUCGGCGGGCCUGGGGGCGCCGCCGUCUCGCUCCCCGUGCUCAAGACACUGCCCGACAGCAGCCCGCUCAGCAAGGACAUCAAGCCCGAGAAGGCGGCCAAGGCGGGCGGGCCCCCCAAGCCCAAGAGGCGCAAGAGCAAAGGCGGCACCACUACGCCGUCCUAGGAGAAUGGCUCCAAGCGGCCCAAGGCCGCCAAGCGGCCGAGGAAGGGGGAACGCACCUAGAAAGGGUUGGCAGCGGCACCCGUCACUAAGUAGGUUCAUUUUCUGUCAUUUCUUACCAGCGGUACUGUGGGCCCGGAUUCUGGCUUUCUCUGGCUUGUUUAUGAUACCCUUGGCAAUAGAAGUUUGGAGUAGAAAUAAAGACAACCCCAACAAACAGCAUGCAAUACACUAGCUCCUUGCUUCCAAAA